CCACGUGCAGUCUCCAUGGCGGUCACUCAGGUCCCGGGGGAGAAGGUUAGCAUCCACACGGGAGAGACAGCCAAAGCAGGAGACAGGGACCUGCUUGUUAACGACUGCCCGGGGCAGGACGGGCCCCUCCAGCGCUCUUGGAGGCAGAAAUGCGCCUCCUACGUGUUGGCCCUGCGGCCCUGGAGCUUCAGUGCCUCACUCACCCCGGUAGCCCUGGGCAGUGCCCUGGCCUACAGAUCCCAGGGCAGCCUGGAUCCCAGGCUACUAGUGGGUUGUGCCGUGGCUGUCCUGGCUGUGCACGGAGCUGGUAAUUUGGUCAACACUUACUAUGACUUUUCCAAGGGCAUUGACCACAAAAAAAGUGAUGAUAGGACUCUAGUGGACCGAAUCUUGGAGCCCCAGGAUGUUGUACGGUUUGGAGUCUUCCUCUACACUUUGGGCUGCGUCUGUGCAGCUUGCCUCUACUUCCUGUCCCCUCUGAAACUAGAGCAUUUAGCGCUCAUCUACUUUGGAGGCCUGUCCAGCUCCUUUCUCUACACCGGAGGAAUUGGCUUCAAGUACGUGGCUCUGGGAGACCUCGUCAUCCUCAUCACUUUUGGCCCACUGGCUGUGAUGUUUGCCUACGCUGUCCAGGUGGGGUCCUUGGCAGUCUUCCCCCUGGUCUACGCUAUACCUCUUGCCCUCAGCACUGAGGCCAUUCUCCAUUCCAACAACACCAGGGACGUGGAGUCCGACCGGGAGGCUGGCAUCGUCACGCUGGCCAUCCUCAUUGGCCCUACCCUCUCCUACGUGCUCUACACCAUGCUACUCUUCCUGCCCUACCUCAUCUUCAGCAUGUUGGCCACACGCUGCAGCAUCAGCCUGGCCCUGCCCCUGCUCACCAUUCCCAUGGCCUUCUCCCUUGAGAGACAGUUCCGAAGCCAGGCCUUCAACAAACUGCCCCAGAGGACUGCCAAACUCAACCUCCUGCUGGGGCUUUUCUACGUUUUUGGCAUCAUCUUGGCACCAGCAGGCAGUCUGCCCAAACUUUAAGGGAACCAGUUGCUUCUCCUGCAACCUGUCCCCCUUUCUUGGCAUAUGUUGAGGUCAGAAUGCUCCAGAGGGAAUGGAAUUGGGCAGUGAGGUU